CAAGGUAUGCUUUUUAUAACAGGUGACCCAGAUGACAGGUCUUUGAGAGCAUUGGAAGAUCACCUGAUCACAAAGAGAAUGAGGGAGGAGUCCAAAAACAUGUGUCCAGAAGAAGAUAAAGUAUUUGGUGACUGUUUACGGGAAGGAGGAUUUUUCUGGGCAAUCAGGUGCCGACCUGCUAAUCAAGAGCUGAAGAAAUGUCAGUUUAAAUGGUUCAAUAGUGAAGAGUUUCGGAAAAAAAUCACAGAACAGUAUCUGGAUGAUCGUGCGGAGUUCCGACGGACUGGUAUUACACAAAAAUACGUAGAACACGAGAGAAAAAAAGAGAAAGAGUUCCAGGAGUGGUUGAAACAUAAACAGGAACACAGUGAAACCCAUGCAUCCUGAUCUGUGUGAUUGUUUAAACUUAUAGACUGUGAUUUGAUUUUCAACAGAUUUGAAAAAAAAAUUGUUGAUUGUACAGUAAGCUGUCAUUUGGGAAAUCAGUGCCUGGCUAGGUAUUUCAAAAUAUAAGGAUGACAUUUGUUUCAAAACAGUUUCACUAACAUUAAAGUGCUAUAUUGAAUAAUUCAAGAAAAUGCCAGUCCUUGUUGGUGAAGUAUAUACCCAUUCACUAACAAUAAACCACACAGUCACGAAAUAAAACUCACUGACUUUUGGUUUACAAGUUCCUAGAGAUCUAAGGUGUUCAGUUUGGUGUUUGGAUAGCAGAUUUCUGGUUUUGAUUAUUCUGUACAAUGUUUUUAAACAUCUUUGAAUGAAUGGAAUUUUUAUAAGGAGGCAACCAGUUACUGUCAUGAAAAUUCUACGUCAGUGGACAUCCUGAAGGGAACUGCAUAAGAUGAACAUUAUAAUCAAGUCAACGGAUCUGGUCAAACCUAGCUGUAUCUACGUGUGUCAAGGAUUUCUUUUUUUUGCAUUCAAAAUGCCAGCUGAUGACUAUUAAGUACUUAGUCAUUGCUCAGAUUUACACAGUUAAUUAAAACAAAGUUUAUCAUUGAAUUUACAGUUACUGUUUUGAGGAAGGAUGCAAAUCUGAGUGAUACAUGUAUUAAAGACCGGCCUUUUUUUCAUAAAUUUGGGAAUGCCACCGACACCGGUGGAAUUGGGAAAAUGCUCUCGGAAUUUGUCUUAAUUGGGACAAUUUGCAAAUUACCAAAAUCUACAUAAAUGUAUUUUUGUGUGAAAUAUUAAUAAAUUGCAUUUCAGUAAUUGUUCAA